CUGCCCACGCCCUAGGCCGUGUCAGUGAGGGGCGGGGACCACUGCGGAGCUCCUCCCCCUGCAGGCUGCCGUCACCCGAGCUGCUGGACUGGAGCAGCUGGGCACCGUUAGCCAGCUGCUGGUUGCUCCUGCGUGCUGGGUGAAGACUCGGUGCAGGACCCUCCCCUUCGUCUCACGGUUAACGACAUGGCCUCCGACGGCAUGGACGAGCGAUCUCCGCUGCUGUCGGGCCCCAACUCCGAGAAUGUGACCCCCACUGCUCCCCCGUACCUGCAGGAUUCAAGUCCCCGAGCUGAACUCCCCCCUCCUUACACAGCCAUCGCCAGCCCCGACGCCGGCGGUGUGCCUGUCAUCAACUGCCGCAUAUGCCAGUCGCUCAUCAACCUGGAUGGAAAGCUGCAUCAGCACGUAGUCAAGUGCUCGGUCUGCAAUGAGGCCACACCUAUCAAGAACCCCCCGACAGGGAAGAAGUAUGUGAGGUGCCCUUGUAAUUGCCUGCUCAUCUGUAAAGACACGUCCAGGAGGAUAGGAUGCCCCCGACCAAACUGCAGACGCAUAAUCAACCUGAGCCCGGUGAUGGUGAUCCCAGAGGAGCAACCUGCCCAGCCGGCACUGCCUAUCCAGCCCGAGGGGAUGAGGGUGGUCUGUGGUCACUGUGGCAACACCUUCCUAUGGAUGGAGCUUCGGUUUAACACGCUAGCCAAAUGUCCCCACUGCAAAAAAAUAUCCUCUGUUGGUAGUGCGCUCCCUAGGAGACGUUGUUGUGCGUAUAUAACUAUAGGAAUGAUCUGCAUUUUCAUUGGAGUGGGUUUAACAGUUGGAACUCGGGACUUUGCCAGUCGUUAUAACGCCACCUACGUGUCCUGGGCGUUCGCCUACUUGCUGGGCCUCAUCUGCCUGAUACGAGCCUGCUACUGGGGUGCUAUCAAAGUCAGCUACCCGGAGAACAGCUUUGCCUAGCAUGGGCACAUUAUGGCACAGCCCUGUACGGCUGGAAGAGCAAACACCACUUUUAGUUCUGUCAUCUCGUUCAGAUCUCAAACCAGUCAUGUUCAAUAGAGUGGAACACCCACAAAGUGUUGGAGUAUGAGUGUGUUGAAGAGGUAUUGUGUAUGUUUAAGAGGUGUAUAUUGAGGAUGUAUCUUGCUCUGUUUGCAUCUGGAAUGUUUUUGACAUGCUGAACAAACCACAGAGACUCAAAUUCUAUCCAGGUUUUGCAGAAAUGCUCCAAAACACAGAAUCAGGAACUCAAAAACUGUGAUUUUUCUUGAUGGAUGCCAAAAUUAGUUGGCUCCCAGGCUGAUUAAAAAUGAUAGUUUAGCAAACUGGUUGGAUUUGGGCUUUCUGAACAGUUUGUUUAUUUUUAGCAGUCUCACAGACGUGAUGGUACCCACUUGAUUUCUUUUGUUACUGACCAGACCAAAAUGAGACAGCUUCCUGAGAACAGUUUGCCCAUUGCACAAUGGUUAUAUGCAAUUGUAUGUGUUGAUUUUGCUGCUAGUUUAACUCCAGCUACAGAAAGCUGCAUAUCCACACUGUAUUGUAUUAUUUAUCUUGCCUGUAUACACUGACAUAGUAUUGCUAUAUGAUUUUAACUCUCAAAAUGACUGUUUAAAAGAAAUGGUCCUUAAAUACCCAUGCGUGCCAAUGUUGCUGCCCAUUUUGAGUCAAGAAAAACAUCAGACCAACAGGAGCUUGUUUUUAUGCCAUGCGGCUUUUAACUCACUACAGCAAUAACCCUUUUAUUUUGUUUUUGUUUUUGUUUUUUUUUACCUUCCGUACCUUCCUGCAUUUUUACUGCCUUCUCACUGGUGGAAAAUGAUCCCAGAACAUGAUAACUCACAUCCGCAUGGUGACUUGUUUAUGUUGCAUCACUGAGGUGGUGGCUUUUCAUUUUCAGAGAGGUAUAUGCAGUGUAUGAUGUUCCUAUCUUUGCUCCUUCUGCCUGUGAGUUAGAAUGUAAACCCUCCGAAUUCCCUUGCUUAUAUCGCCGCUCUCUGACCUCCAGUGAACUCUGUGCUAGCUAGCAUCGCUAACGCAGCAUCCUGUCUCUUGACGUCAACCAGUGGACACAGUUCAAACUUCUAGCCUUGUUUUAAAUGCAAGGAUGAUGAUGAUGAUAAUGAAGCAGAAAACAAUAAUAUAAAAAAUACUGUUUGUACAUAGUUCAAAUUCAGUACUUGGAAAGCUGUAGUGUGAGGUGGAAGGAAACGAUGGCUCGAGGGUCUUUUUAAAAGUGAUAAUUUAUCAAUAAAAUGCAAAAACUGCCUGAA